AUGGACACCGCCACCCAACCCCGGCGUCGACUGAAACCCGGUCAAGGAUACGCAGAAAGCGAAGGUAUGACGCUCUUUCUGGAGGUGGAUCGUGCGGAGGAAUGCGUAUUCCAACACACCCUGCCGGGGCUUGUCAAGGCACGGUACAUUAUCGAGCCGAGUUUCGCCAAUGAGCUCGUGAACAAAACGGGCGCUGCCAAAGUUGGCGCGCAGUUUAUUGUCACCAACGAGCAGAGAGAGUACAUCCUCGGUACCCACGUUGUUGACGUGGCCAAAGAGGGUGUCUACGUGAAAGGUGACAAUGUGCACGAAGUCACAUUCCGUGUUGACAGCGACAGCGCAGGGAAAUUGGAAGUCUGGGGUCUCGCCAAAAUCAAAGUCUCCGUUUUCGUGUGCGCUUCCGACAGAGACGAACAACGCCUGAAAACGAUAGACUACCGUGUCGAAAGCCUUAUCUUGGCCGCGGCGUUCAUCGGGGUCAAGGCCUGUCCCGGCUGUGAUGUGCACCUUAGGCAGGAAAUGCAAGGCUGA